AUGCUACCUUCGAAUGCCACCAGUCAUGCGAUCGUAAGGUACGGCGCGGUAUGGACCGCUUGGAUCCAUUGCGCAGUUCAUCUACCUACCUUUCUCGAAGAGCACUCAAAAUUUAGUGAACGAAUGAAUGGCGGUAAUCUGCUUACUGAGGAUCCUUCGUGGUUGGCAAUAUACUUUGCCUUCGCAGCAGUAAGUCUGAUGUAUAUGGACAACGAUGAGAUAAUUGCAGCUGGGCUGGAACCAGGUAUGGGACACUUCGCUUUUAUCUGUAAAGUUUGGCUUAUACUCGCCNNAGAUAAUUCAUUCCACCUGGUCAGAAGUUGGUAUGAUGCCUCAAUUUUCUUUCUUAACAGAGCAGACUUCGUUCGAAGACACGACAUGCAAUCACUUCAAGCAAUCGCCAUCUUGUUGGCCCUAGUCAAGCGGAUGGGAGAUUUCGAUCUUGAGAUAUCAUUUCUCUCUUUAGGGAUUCGCAUGGCACAACGUCUUGGUAUGGACAAGGAGCCUCCUGCCGUCUCAGAGGAUCCCAUUCGGCAAGAAUUGAGUCGUAGAGUCUGGUGGACAUUGGUCAUCUGCGAAUGGCUCCAGCGACCAGCACGACCAACAUGUAUCCGAGAGACCGAUUUUCAAGUCAAUUUUCCGACACUCACAGACGACGAUGACUUCAAUUUGCAGAUCUCACCCAGUCCCAACGACGCAGGUCCUCAUCCAAUUCAAUACCAUAAUGCGAUGAUCCGGCUAGCAUAUGAAUAUCAUCGCUUUGCGUCUCGACUGCCAGACGUGAUCGACAAUGCAUCAGCUUUAGAAGAUUUCAUUCUUCAGUCAGACGAGUCUCUUGCUAAAAUCAUCGACGAGCUUCCGCCCCACCUUACGAUGCUCGGACAUACCGAUAGCCAAGACCCCGAGCGACACUUACCUUGGGUGCCCUGGCAAAGAGGAACCUUUAUAUUAGCGCUUCUAUCCUAUCGUCUGGCCGUCAACCGCGUCCUCCAGCACCAAUGGCUAGAUUGCGAGAUGUCAAUGAGUCGAGCGGGCGCAGUCUGUCUGAGUUCGGCUAAGGCGUUGAUAACACUAGUCGACAGAGACAGUGCUUCGAUCGUAAUGCGUCAGUGCUGGUAA